AUCAAUGACAAUUCCAACGCUCCAUUUUCAACUCAUAUGACUUCGAUCUUCAGAUGUUCGGAAUUAGUCUCUCCAUCAACCAUCCUAUCUCUUUUAUCCGCUUGCAAAUCAAUCAGAAAUCUCCAGCAAGUUCAUUCCUUAAUCAUCCGAAGUGGCGUUGAGCAGGACCAUUUUAUCAUUACCCGUUUCAUCUCUCUCUCUGAUUCACUCUCCUCCACUCUCUCUUACCAAACCAGUAUCUUCGACCGCGUACUCCAACCCAAUCUCUACCUUUGGAAUACCCUCAUCAAGGAUUACACCCGUCGCGCUUCACUCGACGAUUCAAUCGCACUUUUCCUCCGAAUGCAACAUUGUGAAGUUGUUAUUCCCGAUAAGUAUACUUUUCCUUCUCUAAUCAAGGCUUGUUCUGUUACAUUGAGAUUGAUUGAAGGUCGGAAGAUGCACGGUUUAACUGUCAGAUAUGGAACUGAUAUAGAUGUCUUUGUUGGAUCGAGUUUGGUUGAUAUGUAUGGAAAAUGUGGAGAAAUAAUGUCUGCACGUAAGAUGUUUGAUGAAAUGGGUGUGAGAAAUGAAGUGUCUUGGACAUCGAUGAUAGUUGGGUAUGCAAAUGCAGGUGAUUUGAAUGAAGCACGAAACUUGUUUGAUAAAAUGCCUAACAGAAAUACAGCAACUUGGAAUGCUAUGAUUACUGCUUUUGUAAGAUUUGGUGAUUUAACAAGUGCGAGGAAACUGUUUGAUGAAAUGCCUGAGAGAAAUAUGGUUUCGUUUACGACGAUGAUCGAUGGACAUGCUAAAGCUGGUGACAUGGUUUCAUCAAGAAGCCUUUUUGAUUUAUCACCAGAAAGAGAUAUCAUUUCUUGGUCUGCCUUAAUAACAGGUUAUGUCCAGAAUGGUCUACCUGAUCAAGCAGUCAAUGUUUUUAUAGAGAUGCAAUCAAACAACAUUAAAGCAGAUGAAUUUAUCAUUGUUAAUUUACUAUCCGCUUGUUCGCAGAAAGGUAGUUUGGAACUAGCGAAAUGGGUUGAUUCUUACGUAACUGAAAACAAAAAUGCUGUCAAUCUUCAUCAACCUCACAUACUUGCAGCUCUCAUAGACAUGCAUGUGAAAUGUGGAAACAUGGAGAGGGCAACAGUCUUAUUCGAAACGAUGCCCAAACAUGACUUAAUAUCUUAUUGUUCGAUGAUACAAGGCGAAUCAUUACACGGCCGAGGAUCUCAAGCUGUUGCUUUAUUCGAUAAAAUGAUAAAAGACGAAGGUUUAAAACCAGAUCAUGUAGCAUUUACAGUAAUCCUAACAGCUUGCAGCCAUGCUGGCCUUGUUGAUGAAGGCUGUCGAUAUUUCGACUCAAUGGUAUACGACUACUCUCUUGUUCCUCACAGUGAACAUUACGCUUGUAUAGUGGAUCUUUUAGGACGGUCAGGAAAAUUAAGAACAGCUUACGAAAUCUUGAAAUCGGUUAAAAUGGAACUUGAUGCUGCAGCUUGGGGGGCACUUCUUGGUGCGUGUAAGUUACAUUGUGAAGUUGAACUUGGGGAGGAAGUAGCGGCUUAUCUUUUUAAGGUUGAACCUGAAAACGGGAGUAAUUAUGUUUUGUUAUCGAAUAUUUAUGCAACAGCAAACCGAUGGUUGGAUGUUUCUCGUCUGAGGAGAAGAAUGAAUGAAAGUGGGGUUAGAAAGGUACCUGGUUGCAGUUUGAUUUAUAAUUCAUUAGAUUCAAUAAUGUGACAGACAGAUAUCCUCUUCUGUUCGAAGACCCCGAAGAAUUUACAGGUUCAAUUCUCUCUUUGUGCAUUUAAACUUUGUAAGUAAAUGUGCAUUUGUAGGAUCUAAAAUCCAAAUGAAUUCAGAACUGUUUAAUAUGAGAGCCUAAUAUGUUUAAAGUCCAAUUCAGAAUUGUGGGCUGGAAAUGAGUAUACUAACUUAAUUAUGGGUGGAUUGACUGUUAUAAAGCUCCUAGAAAGCAAGCGGUUUUAGUGAACUUGAGACUUUAGGCAAGAGUCUUUCCACUUGAAUUACCUUAUGGGUUACUUCGAUUGCGAUCUAUGAGUUUUAUAAAAGAUGAAAUUUAACCCAUGAUUAUUUAUUUUAUGGUUGUGCUAA